CUUAUUUUUCAUACUAGCCCAUUUUCGAAUGUCACUAAAAGUAUCUCUCUCAAGGUCUUCUUCUAACAGCGCCGAAACGGUAGAAACUCGCAGAACACGAUGCACCGAGUGAUAUUUUCUUCCGUCCCGAAUAUCAGAGCGACACGUAGCCGAUUUUCGACGUCGAUGGUGCCUUUACCAACACGUAAAUCAUCAUCGGCUUUGACUUCGCACUUUUCCAACUUCAUCUACGUUUGCAGACAACCAUCAAAGCUUCUUUUCACCAGGAGACCUUUUUCAACGUAUACGAGCCGUCCCGCUUCGCCAGUCCCCCAGCAUGUGUUUGAAAAACUCACGAAGCAGCAGGUUCGAUCAAUUGUUCUCUCUUCGGCGAUUCCCAUGGUAGGGUUUGGUUUUAUGGACAAUUUUGUCAUGAUUACAGUGGGGUCUGCGAUUGAUAAUAGCCUAGGCGUGCACUUGGGCUUGGCGACCAUGACGGCUGCUGCCAUGGGCCAGGUCGUGUCGGAUGUUUCUGGGGUGGUUUUCGGUGAUACAUUGUCACGAAUUUUGCGGAUUUCUCCUGUGCAAUUGACGGCUAUGCAGCAAAAAUCAGCCAUAGUUGGGCGUCUGAGACUUUGGGGAGCUGUUGCAGGCGUUAUUUUGGGGUGUACGAUGGGAGCGACCGCUCUUUACAUCACUCCGGAACGUGAGGCCACUGCUGCGAUUACUAUGGAGAAGAGUGGGUCCUCGACACCUCUUUCGCCCCUGUCUGAAAACCGACAAGAGCAGAUGAAAGACCAGCUUUGCAGAUUGCAGCAGGUGAUGAAUGAUGUGAUGACAAGAGACGAAAAAUGGCGCAAUCGCUGUGCCUCCUGCAAAUUAUAUGUCGACGAAUCGAUGGGCGCAUGCAUUCCAAAGUCGCCACGAACUAGCCCCGAUGACCUGGACGGAAAUAGCUACAUCACAGCCACCGUCGAUUAUUUUUCGAGAGAAAACAACAACAUUGAUGGUAAGAAAGAUUCAGCUGUGAUACAAGCUGCAACGGAAAAACGAGUUGUUGUCUUUGCCAACACCAUUUACGUUCCAAUUUUGGCUGACACCAACAAGAAUAAUACCAGCACCAACAGCAAGAGUGACGUCGUCCUUGGAGUGUUAAAAGUCGAUCUGGAAAACGGUUCGUUUUAUGCCGGAUCCGAAAUCCAAGAUGCGAAAAGGUUUGCCCGAAAUCUUGGCUUUUUCAUGAAUCACAUGGUGAUGUGAAAAGAACAAAAUAAAGAUUAGUGUAAAUU